AUGCGCGCAGUGUUUCCGGUGGAGAGAGGAGUCGUCGAGCCAUGGAUUGUCCCCGACACCGACGUGGUGCGUCCGAAUCCUUCUGUGCGCGAGCGUGGUCGAUUGACGGAUGGAGCCAGGUUCAAUGCGAUGACAGGGCUGUCAUUGGCGUUCUCCCUCCUCGCUAAUAUCAUCCUUCUCGCGAACUUUUUGCACAUCCUGCGAUACUCGAUAUCCCAAUGGCUGACUAUCUCCUUCUGGUACAUCUCCGCGCUGCUGCUGAUCAUACCACUGGGGCUCAGUCGACAUGUCUUGGACGCUCCGGGAACGGACUACACGCAGUCUUUCUAUUACGCGAUCAUCGCAAGCGUGCUGUACGUGAUCCUGCCCUCGCUGCUGGCGCUCAACGCGCUGGGCGCGUACAAAUUCAAGGCAUACGCGCCGUCGUUCAACCCGCUCACGAUACCGCAGCGCACGCUGAUGGCGCAGACGCUGGCGUACGUGCUGUACAUCGCGGGCGGCGCGGCGGUGUUCGCGCGGGUCGAGGGGUGGGACUACCUCGACGGCGUGUACUGGGCCGAGUACACGCUGCUGACGAUCGGGCUCGGGUCGGACUUCCCGCCCAAGACGCACCUCGGGCGCGCGCUGCUCAUCCCGUACGCCGUCGGCGGCAUCACCGUGAUCGGGCUGAUCGUCGGGUCCAUCCGCGGCCUGAUCAUCGAGCGGGGCGGGGUCAAGCUCGUGCGCCGCACCGUCGAGGAGGAGCGCCAGAAGUGGAUCUCGCGCAUGGGCGAGCCGGAUGAGCGCUGGAAGAAGGAUGAGUGGGACGCUAUGCGGAGGAUCAAGCGCCGUGCGGAGUCCAUGCGCCGAUGGUCGGCCCUUGCGAGCUCUGCGCUAGCGUUUUUCUUCCUCUGGCUGCUUGGCGCGCUGGUGUUCUGGUUCGCAGAGAGUGCGCAAGAAUGGACUUAUUUCCAGUCGCUCUAUUUCAGCUACACGUCGCUGCUGACGAUCGGAUACGGCGACUUCUACCCACAGUCGAACGCCGGCAAGCCGUUCUUCGUCGUCUGGUCGCUCAUGGCCGUGCCCACCGUCACCAUCCUCAUUUCGAAUGUCGGGGAGAUCCUGAUCGGCCUGGUCCGGCGCGCGCUGAUGAUGGCCGUGUUCUCGACAGCAGCGGCGGGGGCGGACAAAAACAACAAGAAAAGCGACGACGAGCGCAAGAUGGGAGCUGAUCUGGAGCACCUCGGGGAAGCCGUCGAGCAAUCCGAGCGACAGCGCGGUCUGGGCGGGGGACUGGCCGCGCGCUUGUCCCGCGAAGUUGCGCGGCUGGCGCAGGAUGCGAUGAGCGGCACGGAAGCGGAGUACUCGUGGGAGGACUGGCAGGGAUGGCUUGAGCUCCUGGGAGAACGCACGGAUGCUGAAGGCCGCGGGGAGAAUGAGGAGAAGCAGGGGGAGUGGACGUGGCUGGGAGAAGAGGGGCCCCUGUUGAGUGGAAUGAGCGAGACGCAGUGGAUUCUGCAGCGCUUGUGCGAGCGCUUGCAGCAGGUGUUGGAGGAGGAGUAUGGCUCUAAGCGCUAG